AUGGACGAUUUUGCGGAUUACUUUCCGGGCCGCUCUGUCGACAGUGCUCGUGCCUUUGAGACGUAUUCUCAGCUCGUCGAGGAUCCACGCGACCGCCUGCGUAUGCGUAGCGAGAGCCCUCAGUUGAGGGCCGACACUCCCCAGGUCCUCUGCAAUGGUGGAGAUGCUACGUGCCAGGGUGGAUCCGGUUGCCGCGAUCCCCGUGAUGGCGGAGACGAGGCCUACCACUUCGGCCAUCCUUUUAUCGUGGGCGCGGCUUGCGUCGCUACUUUGGUUAGGCGGAGCGCCGGUUGA